AUGGAUCUUAGAACUUUGACAAUAGAUUCAAUAGAUUCUAUCAUUAAAUCUAUUAAUCAACUUGAUUUAAAUGUAUACUUGAUCCAUUUGUUCUUUCAUAAUAAUGAUCCAAAUCAUCUAACCCUAAUAGAAUUUCAUAAAUUGAACAAUGAUCAACGAUUUUCUAAAUAUGAGAAAUAUUUAUUAUCAAAUUAUAUUACUGAUUUCUUAAUGGUUAUAAUGCCUCAAAUCUCAGAUAAUGAAAUUGCUCAAUUGAUUGAUCAUAAAAUUCAUAGUUUAACUCAAAUACAUCCAAAUUUCAAUGAAAUAUCUUUUCUUUCAAGAAGUGUUAAUGAAAGGGAUUCUACUGUAGCUAUCAUGAUUAUGUUUAAUAAUCUUGGUUUUAUAAAACAAUGGAAUAUAUGUCAAUCUAAAUUAGCAUGUUUUAUAUUAACAAUAAAGAAUAAUUAUCGUCAACCAACAUAUCAUAAUUGGACACAUGCAUUUACAGUUGGACAUAUGGCUUAUAUAAUAUUAACUAUUGAAAGAACAUUAAUUCAUCAAUAUUUAGAUGAAAUGGAACAAUUAGCAUUAUUUAUAGGAGCAUUAUGUCAUGAUAUUGAUCAUCGAGGAUUUAAUAAUAAUUAUCAAACACUUAUUCAUUCUCCACUUGGUGCUGUUUAUGGUUAUAAAGGAUCUAUACUAGAACAUCAUCAUAUUGAUCAGACAAUGAGAAUAUUAAAUAUGAAAGAUUGUAAUAUAUUAAGUCAAAUGACUAAAAUAGAAUAUGAAAGAUUUAAAUUAUUAUUAAAACAUAUUAUUUUAGCUACAGAUUUAUAUCAACAUAUUUCAAUCAUCCCGGAAUUCAUUCAAUUAUCUAAUGUAUCUUAUAAUCCAUUCAAUAGACGACAUCAUGAAUUACUUUUAUCUAUUCUAGUUACAUCAUGUGAUUUAAAUGAUCAAUGUAAACAUUGGUUAAAUACACUUGAUUCAGCUAAAUUCAUUUAUUAUGAAUUUUUUCAUCAAGGUGAUUUAGAAAAAUCAUGGAAUACAAUACCUUUAUUAUCAUCAUUUGAUAGAGAGAAAGCAUUUAUACCAGAAUUACAAAUACAUUUUAUUGAUUCAAUUGUUCUACCAUGUUUUAAGAUAUUGUCGAAAAUUUUACCAAAAUUUCAAUCCACUCUUUAUACUAUUCAUAAGAAUAAACAAAUUUGGCAAAUUCUAUUUGAAAAAUUUAAACAAAAUCAAUUCAUAAAUUAUACAAAUGAUUUAUUAUUUAAUAAAUAUUAUAAUAAAUUAAUAGAAGAAUAUCUAUGAUAAAUAGAAUAUAAUGAAAGAAUAUGGGAAUGAUGAUCUUACUUACUUCAUGACGCCUGUUACUUCUGAUGGAAGAGGAGAAGAGACCGCCGCAUAUCGACACUCUCCAUCCAACUUUGUCCUGAGUAAUUCUUUCCAACUCUUUCCAGUUAUUAUUCAUCUUUUUUUUCAUAUCUGAUUCUAUUUCUCAACGUAAUACACUCUUUGAACUAUUAUUAUGAUAAUGAUAUUUUAUAAUGAAUAUAUUUUAUUGUACAAAUAUGUAUAUGAAUCACAUUUUGAUGCUAAAUAAAUUUACUGACUAAUACUAUUCACACUGCAGUGUGUAUGUGUGUGUGUGUGUGUGGAAAUGUACUAUUGAUAUCAACAGAUAUAAGUAGUAUAUAUCAUUCAUCAAUCAAAAAUGAAAUGUUUGCCAGCAGAAAGUUAAAAAAAGAGAUUAAACAGAAUAGAAUAAGAACAAUGAAUGAUUAGUAUUGAAAUGAAACAACAAUCAAUUCUCACAAUUGAUUGAUUGAUUGAUUGAUUGAUUGAUUAAAGUAUUCAUUGUAUGAUACUUAGAUGUUCUGUAAUUUAGUGUAUUCGCAUAUAUUCCAUUGUUCUUACUUAUGUAUUCUCAUUUAUUGUUAUACUACUUAUAUACUUUUUUUGUCUAUAAACUAUUUGUUUUUCUAAUUGAGAACUAUUUUAAUAUCUGAUCUAUCAUCAUUUCAUUAUUGAAUAGAUGUUUCUAUUAUGUAUGUUUUUCUCAUGUAUAUUAAUUACUUUUAUCUAUUAUAAAUAAUGAAUGGAUCAAGUCAAUUAAUCUAUUAACUACAAACUAAAUCUCUAUUUUUCAUGGAUUCUGUUCGCUAAAAAGAAAAAAAGAAAAAAAAAACUUUUUUUUUGGAAAUAAUCAAUUCUAUUUAGUUACUAAACAAAAAAACAAAAAAA